CACUGCUUACAUGCUUGUCCUUUUGAAGGCAGCCGCCCGCUUUACCAAGUAGCUGACUUGUCUCAGGUGGUUCAAAACAAAAGAGCUGACGGGGAGGAAACCAGGAUUCUGUUUCAAUGACGGAGUCUGAAGGCUCUUAGUAGGAGUCCUCAUCCAGGUCUCAGGGAACUGAAAGUUUCUCAUGGAGGAUGUUUAACUUGGAGCCCGCCCUUGUCCUUGAUGGGAGCACGUUCCGGGUGGACACGGGCGAUGCACGGAGGUGGCCGUGGAGAAUUUCUGGGGCUUGGAGCAGUGCCGCAGCUUCCUCAGUCCUGGGCAGAUCUGCGGCAGCUUCUCCUUCCCUGGUCCAGGGUCAACUUCCCACCGUGCCCAGCUCUGCCCUUUGCCCAGGGAUGCUCAGUCAACAUAAAGUGAACUAAAAGGCCUUGAGGCUCCUGGGUGCCAGAGCUAGUCUGGCCAGUGCUGCCCAGUGCUCUCCCUGGCUCCAGAGCCCUGCCAGGUGCCAACAGUGCCCUCCUGGGGUGGCAGGAACGGUGCCGAGGUUCUCAAUGGAACACAGAGUACGCAUCUUCUGAGAGAUGUAAGACCCUGAAGGGUAAGCCGAAACCCAGGCGGAGACAGCUGGAUGGGAAAGUGGCCCACGUCACAUUGGCAAUCAAAGAACCUCAGACUGCACCCUUCACCCGCUGGCGGUGCCUGAGGCCACACCAUUCAAAACCCACUUCUUUCUAGAAAGGGGCUGUACUGCACUUAAAGCUGUCAGUCCAGUUCACAUCCAUUUGAAUAAAUUCCAGACUUUUCAGCAAGAGCAAGUUUUUAAUUAGAAUUGAGCAGCUGGACACUACUCUAGCAGAAGGGCAAAGGCGCUCAGAGCGGGAGGCUGAGCUAGCCCUUUACCAGCCAGCCUGUUACUGCCCUGGACCUGCUCCUGAUCCAGACUCGGUAGGCCGGGGGUGGGUAGGGGUGUCUUACCACCUAGGUGCUUCCAGCCCCCAUGUGUCCUGACCUGGCGGCGCAUCACCCCAGUGACAGCCUCACUGUGGCCCUCUUAACCUUGACCGCCCUGUGACUGUGGCCUUGGCACCAUCAACUGUGUCCCCUCGGGGCAUCCCUCCCUUCCUGUCAACCUGAUAGCUCUGCUGGCUCCAAAUCUAGCCACCUAUUUUCAGUUGUAAAAUGAGAAGCGGGGGUUAACAAGGAAACGGCCUUGGGUACUAACGGGUCAAGGCCAUGCUGGUAUGAGUAAAUUCUUUAUCACUGCUGGCUUGAGGCCAGCAACUCCCCGGUACUCUGUGAUCUAUCUGGAACUGUGCCCAAAGGGGACUCUGUCCUCACUCCCAAGCCUGGGCACUGGGGAGUCGGUUCAGCCCUGAGUCCUCCCAGGAGCAGGGGGGCAGAGCUGAGCGGCCGCCUGGAGCUCGGCAGGAGGAGGGGCCGAGAAGGGGGAGGUGAGGAGAUCCGGCUAGAGGGGAGGCUCCGACGUCUCCUUCCUGGUUCCUGCUGCAGCUGCCGCCACUGCUCAGCUCUGAGAGCAGGGAGCGGGUGGCUCAGAGACCGUGACUCAGAGGCGGAGCGGUGCUCGGGCCAAGGAGCACUGGUGUCCAUGGACCCUGGGGGCCCCCUCAGGACAAGGUGACGUCCCUCCCCUUUUGCUCUCCGUCCACAGCAGGGAGUGGCCACUCCCUUCCCCAUGGACUUCCAAGAGUGGGACCCUCCCUCCCUGGCCGAGAGCACUCAGUCUGCAAAGCCCAGCGGUGCCCAGCAGGCCAGUGAGCUGUGGGAGGUGGUGGAGGAGCCUCGGGGCUGGCUGGGGGCAGAGGGUAUCAUGCCCGAGAGGCAGGAAGGCCACCUGCUCAAGAAGAGGAAGUGGCCUCUGAAGGGCUGGCACAAGAGAUACUUCGUGCUCGAGGAUGGGAUUCUUCACUACGCGACAACUCGGCAAGAUAUCACCAAGGGGAAGCUCCAUGGCUCCAUUGAUGUCCGACUGUCGGUCAUGUCCAUCAACAAAAAGGCCCAGCGUAUUGACCUUGACACUGAAGACAACAUCUACCACCUCAAGAUCAAGUCCCAGGACCUGUUCCAGAGCUGGGUGGCCCAGCUGCGUGCCCACCGCUCAGCCCAGCACCUGGAUGUGCCUCGAAGCCUGCUGCCCAGCACCACCCACCGGAAGGUUCCCAGUGCCCAGCCUCCGGUAGCGGGUAGUGCCUCGGCUCUGCCAGGGGUUGGACCUCGGGAGAAGGUGUCUUCCUGGCUGAGGGACAGUGAUGGGCUGGACCGCUGCUCUCACGAACUCUCGGAGUGUCAGGGCAAGCUCCAGGAACUACACAGACUCCUCCAGAGCCUGGAGUCCCUGCACCGGAUUCCCUCGGCCCCUGUCAUCCCCACGCACCAGGCCUCGGUGACGACGGAGAGACCCAAGAAGGGGAAGCGGACCAGCCGCAUGUGGUGCACACAGAGCUUUGCCAAGGACGACACCAUCGGGCGGGUGGGUCGUCUCCAUGGCUCAGUUCCCAACCUGUCUCGCUACCUGGAGUCCCGAGACCCCUCGGGCCCCCGAGGGCUGCCGCCCCCAGACUAUGCCCACCUGCAGCGCAGCUUCUGGGCCCUGGCCCAGAAGGUGCACAGCUCGCUCAGCAGCGUCCUGGCCGCCCUCACUGCUGAACGGGACCGACUGAGGGACCUGCACCCGGGUUCGGAGCCAUCCAGGCUGGGGGUCUCUGAGACUUCGGCUGGCCCGAGGCGCCUCCACUCGUUGUCCAUCUCCUCCGACACCACUGCAGACUCCUUCAGCUCCCUCAAUCCCGAGGAGCAAGAAGCUCUGUACAUGAAGGGGCGAGAGCUGACCCCCCAGCUGUCCCAGAGCAGCGUCCUAUCCCUUGCUGACUCCCACACAGAGUUCUUUGAUGCCUGUGAGGUUCUCCUCUCUGCCAGCUCUUCUGAGAAUGAGGGCUCGGAGGAGGAGGAAUCAUGCACCAGUGAAGUCACCACCAGCCUGUCCGAGGAGGUGCUGGAUCUCCGGGGAGCCGAGCACUGUCAGAAAGGAGCAGCCGUGGGGCCGCCCCGCCGCCGAUGCCUGCCGGCCGCCAGCGGGCCCGGCACUGACGUGAGCCUGUGGAACAUCCUGCGGAACAACAUUGGCAAGGACCUGUCCAAGGUAUCGAUGCCAGUGCAGCUCAACGAGCCGCUCAACACCCUGCAGCGGCUCUGCGAGGAGCUGGAGUACAGCAGCCUCCUAGACCGGGCCAGCCGCACCGCUGACCCCUGCGAGCGCAUGGUGUACAUUGCAGCCUUCGCGGUGUCUGCCUACUCCUCCACGUACCACCGGGCGGGCUGCAAGCCCUUCAACCCUGUCCUGGGGGAGACCUAUGAGUGUGAGCGCCCUGACCGAGGCUUCCGCUUCAUCAGUGAGCAGGUCUCCCAUCACCCCCCCAUCUCAGCGUGCCAUGCAGAAUCUGAGAACUUCAUCUUCUGGCAAGACAUGAAGUGGAAGAACAAGUUCUGGGGCAAAUCCCUGGAGAUUGUGCCUGUUGGGACAGUCAACGUGAGCCUGCCCAGGUUUGGGGACCACUUUGAGUGGAAUAAGGUGACGUCCUGCAUUCACAACAUCCUCAGUGGCCAGCGCUGGAUCGAGCACUACGGGGAGGUGCUCAUCCGAAACACGCAGGACAGCUCCUGCCACUGCAAGCUCACCUUCUGCAAGGCCAAGUACUGGAGCUCCAACGUCCACGAGGUACAGGGGGCCGUGUUCAGCCGGAGUGGCCAUGUCCUCCACCGACUCUUUGGAAAGUGGCAUGAGGGGCUGUACCGUGGACCCCCGCCGGGCGGUCAGUGCAUCUGGAAGCCCAACUCAAUGCCCCCAAACUAUGAGCGAAACUUCGGCUUCACUCAGUUUGCCUUGGAGCUGAAUGAGCUGACUGCAGAGCUGAAACGGUCCCUGCCUUCCACGGACACGCGGCUCCGGCCAGACCAGAGGUACCUGGAGGAGGGGAACAUACAGGCGGCCGAGGCCCAGAAGAGAAGGAUCGAGCAGCUUCAGCGAGACAGGCGCAAAGUGAUGGAGGAGAACAACAUUGUCCACCAGGCGCGCUUCUUCAGGCGGCAGACCGACGGCAGCGGGAAGGAGUGGUGGGUGACUAACAACACGUACUGGCGGCUGCGGGCCGAGCCGGGCUACGGGAACCUGGACGGGGCCGUGCUCUGGUAGCCCAGGCCCCGGGGGCAGGAGGCCUCGGUUCCUCCCUCCGGCCCCCACGGACACAUGGACGGGGCCAGGCUCUCCCACUCGCUGCCCUGGAGACCGAAGGGGCAGCCCUGGCUCUGGCCCUCUCCCCUCUGCCGGCCAGAGGGGCUUCAUCUCAGCCCAUCUCCCACCCCUUGUUUGAGGUGGGAAGCAGGAUUCCCCAGUCUUGUUGCCCCCAGACAACCGGCAUGUAAGACCCUCCUUGCUCUGCCAUCCGCCUUCCUUCCCUCCUGGGGUUCCUGGGGGAGUCUCCAGGCCCUCAAGAUCUUCCCCAUUUCAGUGCCUUCCUAGGACACAGGGGACCCCUUGAUGCUCCCCAGGCUUCCUCGGCCCAGGACUCUGGCCCCUGCUGUGAGGCUGUGUGGUUGGAGUGAGUGAAGGAGAGGGGAUGGCCUUUUCUCCCACCCCUGUCCCUCCCAUGCCCCAUCUCUAGCAUCUUCUCUCCAUGCCCUGGCCCAGGGGGGCUCCCUUUGCUUGGCCCUGGCAGUCUCUCCCGUCCUCCCGGAUCCCCUUCUCCCAAACCACAAAACGCCUGCAGCCGCCAGCUCCUUCGUCCCUGGUCCUCAAGUGGCUUCCUUCAGUCUCAGCUCAGCGGAUCCCCCCAGAGCAGGCAGGGCAGGAAGGGUGCCUGGCCUCUGACCCACCAGGAGUGAGCGAGCACGUGUGCGUGUCUGUGUAGAAGUGUGUGUCUGUGUGUCUGUGUACUGCUUGCGGGCGAGCAGGAUUCCUCAUGUAGGCCGGACGUCCCGCUGCCGUUGCUGCUCAUCUUACCAGUCUGCCUCUGAUAAAGGUGAAUUGCUAUGACAUUCCAAGCUCCAAUAAAGACUGUCUCAAACUUUG